GGCUUGAGUCUCUUCAGUGAUCCAGUCAUGGCAUUGUGGUGGUACACUAAGAUCCUCUGCAGGCCAGCCGCUGUUUGCGUUUCCCUUCUCCUCACAUCACUACUAUGUCUAAUGAGUUUCCCUGUACAAGCUGAGCCUCCCUGUCCACAGAGUUGUAGCUGUCCGAGUGUUAAAGAUGUUCAUUGUACAUUCAGACAUCUGACAGCUGUACCCAAAAACUUUCCUAAGGACACAGAGCGGCUCAACCUGGGAUAUAAUAGUUUGACUGAGCUGGAAGUGUCAGAUUUCAGGUCACUACGGCAACUUGAAAUGCUCUUGAUGCAUGGCAAUGACAUAAACGUAGUCCACCCGCGGACAUUUUACAGCUUGCGGUCACUACAGAUAUUGAAGUUGAGUUAUAACAAGCUACCAAUAGUGAAACCUGGUCUGUUUGAUGGUCUGGUGGGUUUGGUUCGUCUUCACCUGGACCACAACCUCAUCAGCUUCAUUGAGCCAUACUCGUUUUCGGGUUUGACUUCUCUCAAACUACUUCAACUGGAAGGGAACCUUCUUAAAGAGCUCCAUCCUCAUACCUUCAUUACAGUGUCACUACUAGGGAACUUUUGGACCUCUGGACUCAAACAUUUACACCUUUCAGACAAUUUGUUGGAACAUCUCCCUGCCACUGUACUGAGCACAUCUCCAAAACUGGAAAUUCUCACUCUUAAUGGUAACCCUUGGACCUGUGAUUGUCAACUUCACUGGCUGCUGCAGUGGAGCUCUACACAUGAAGGAGUAAUAAAAUGUAAAAAGGAACGUGAGACAAGUACAACAGAAAUUUGUCCUCAGUGUUUCUCUCCUCAACCCCUGAAUGGAACCCACAUUUUUGCAUUAAGUGAAAAUCAGCUAACCUGUGAAAGACCAGUUCUUCGCUCGUCCCUCAAACUCUGGGACAACCCUCUAUGGGCUGAAUCUGACACAGAACCUGACCUCCCAUAUACCCGGGACUUUGAGAAGCCCUUGGGCCACCUAAGCUUUGUCUUCUCAGAUAGCCAUGGAAAUAAUGCUCAUGUCGACUGUGAAAUGCGGCACCCAGGAGACAGUUCAGAUAUAAACUGGACGAUAAAUCCACGGUCGGCUCAAGGGCUGUCUGUCAAUGUAUCAUUGGCAACUAUCCUUGAGUGUGAGAUUGAUAGGGAAAAAUUACAAAAUCUUUGGCAACUGGUCGCAUAUUACUAUGAAAGUCCCGCUAUCUUGGAAAGAGGUCAACAAAGACAUAACACCAGCAGAGCAACUUAUCAAUAUGCCCAAGUUGCAAAUGAAAAUUCACCUUAUUUCACAGACUUAAAGGGUUAUUUGGUGGCAGAACCAGCAUGGUUGCUUCAACACAGAGUCACGUUAAAACUUAAUAGACAACAAACAACAACCAAGAAAUUGGUUAUGGAUUUUACGACCAUAAUCACCAGAAUAAUCAACAGCCACAGACGGCAGCAGGAUGACGAUGACCUUACUUCCUCUUGGGCAAUGAUUGACCGCGGGACUGCAGGGCGGGUUAAGACUGCUCUUGAGGGGUCAAAAGUUCAUUUGCAAUGUAGUGUUGUCACUUCACAGCAGGGGGUGAAAGUGGAGUGGAUGCUUCCAGAUUUGUCAAUCGUGGACAGUUUGACUAAUAAACUCCAAAUUGAUGACACGGGAGAUCUCGUGAUCAUGAAUGCAUCUCAGUCUGACUCUGGCCUAUAUCACUGUAUGAUCAAAACAAAGGCAGGUGUGGAUUUGAUCUCUUUGAGGCUUACUAUUAAAGAACGAUUGCCUAGCCCUUCUGCUUUUAAUGGCCAGAAAAUUAUCGUUGAAAAGGGAGGGUCAAUCUCCCUCCCAUGUGAGGUCAUAUCAGUGCAACCUAGUCAAACAAUAUGGUACAUGCCCACAAAUAAAGUGCUUCUCCCGACACAAAAGACAAGAAAGGCAGCUGUAAUGCAGAAUGGUACUUUGGUGGUGAGGAAAUUGAUGGUAGAAGAUUCAGGGGAGUACAGUUGUUUGGCCUCAAAUCUCUAUGGAGUUGAUAUGCUGUCACACAUGGUGGAGGUAACAGGGGAAGAGCUGCCUUAUAACUCUGAAGAAAAGACAGAAACAAGGCAGAAUAUCUUAAACCCUGAUAUAGAAGAGGGUUCCGCAGGAGAUUACCAAGAAACAAUUCGCUCUUUUGCAACACAGGCUCCAACAUUGGGAAACCAGCAAAGCAAUCCUGAUUCAUUUUCAAACAAAAACUCAAAGAGAGAUUUUAAACGAAAACCCACCAUCAUUGCGAAGACAUUGGAACCAAAUUACUGGGCAGAGGUUUUGGCUAAAGCCAAUUCUAAAUUACCCAUUGCACAAGACCCAGAGUUGCCAUUACUGGAUUCUACCACUGUAAGUGCCCUGGACAGUUUGCCCAACCCUGCAACUCCAAUUUCGUCCUAUAAAAUUGCCAACAAUUUUCCCAUUACAACUACUUCUAACUAUUGGAAAGAAUCAACAACGGAAGAAUCACGACCCAAAACUUCACAGACACAACUGAUCAGAAGUACAGAGUCCUCCCUUCAAAAUAUUAGUGAGAUAACAGAGAAAAACAACAGAGUAACUUUAAUUGUCAGAACCCCAGCUGAAAAAACUGAAACCCUGAAAUUUGGUUCGGGCAACAGGAAAUUUAUCCCUGGUCGCUCAAACCGGAGAAGGCCACCUUUUAGAAGACGAAAACCACCUGCAAGAAAAAUUAUUCCUGACAUCAAAUCAUUUCUGAAUUCCUCAAUAGCGCUCAAAUCUAAUGCUCCUCCACCAAUGUCAACAAUUAUUACUACAACCACCAACACCACUUCUAGUUGGACAACAUCUGAACAAAUCACUGUGACUCCUUACUAUCAGAUAGAACAAGUUGGAGAUAAUGAGAAUAGUGAAAGCAUGGAUGAAAGAAAAGAAUCAAACUCUGAAACUCAUAAUCCAGUUCAAGAUCUUGAAAGUACUCAGAGAGGUUCUCAAUCAGUGAGUGAAAAAGAAAUACAAUUAAAAAAUUCUUCUGAUGUACAAAAGAAUGCAACGCAGAGAAGGUUAAAAACAAUAAUUACAGGAAUCGGAACCCAAACGAUGAACACAGCGCUAGCGAUAGAGACCGAAUCACCUAAAAAUGAGUUAGUUACACAGAGUUAUGAUAUGUCGGAUAACAUACUUUCAAUUUCAACAUCUCAAACACCAAAAUCAAACAUUCUGCCUUCAUUUGAACAAAUAUCACCUACCCAAGCUAAAGUUGCAUCUCACAAAGUAAUCUUCAACGAUUCAGAUCCAAGUAUGGAAAAUUUGAAAAAAGACAACAUUCACAUGGAAAAUAAAGAGGUGAAUAAUGCAAAAGCAAAGUCUGAAAACCCUUAUGUUCCCAGUGUCUCCAUUCACCCCUGGCUACAUCAGUACAGGCAAGUGCCAGAGCAACCAAACUCUGCUCAGAUGCCACACAUACAUAAAGACAGAAAUCUAGAGAAGCUGGGAGAUGUAGAUCUCAGAAGCCCACCACUUCCUCCCCAUAUUGUCCCAACUUCCUACUGGCCUUCAAACCAUCAUCAUUACCCUAUUUAUCCUCAGUGGCCUGGGCAACGGUCAUUUCCUCAUCCCAAGCAUGGUGCUGCACCAUACAUUUUGCCUACACAUGAAACCAGACUUUUUCCUCAUGGACAAGCCCAAAACUUAGUUGCUACCAACAGACCAGAGAUCACAGAUAAAACAUUGAAACCCACAACCAGGACCAUCGAACCAACACUAAUCCAUUCUUCAGAUCAAAAUAAUCCUUUGGAUGUCAGGACUCAAAUCAGAGAUCAACUGUUGCUAUCUAAGUUGAGGAACAGAUAUAGACAGGCAUAUAUCGACCGUCUAUCCCAGCUUGGAAAGAUAGUGACACCCAAACCUCGCAUAAACAACAACAAUCCUCCAAACCAAAUUCAACCCAGUCUCAAACCUCUUGCAAGACCUUCACUCCUCAGACCACCAGUACCGACACACUCCUCUGCCCUGCAACCUACAAACAUCAGUAAACCCACAGCAUCCUCUUUCUCUGAUUAUAAUUUGAUUCCUCACGCUCACCAUGCUACAACCCCAGGAUUACAGCAGGAAGUUCAUUUGCCAGUUAGAGGAGCUGGUGUUGGUAGGACCAAACCUCGCAUCACUACAGUGAACAAAGCCAGUGUGUCAGUCCUGGCAGAGGGUGAUGUUGUUCUACAUUGUGAAGCAACGGGAAUUCCUGAACCAAGCAUCUCAUGGACAAAGGUAUCCACAGGUGCCACCAUUCCAGCCAACAACAAGCAUGGUUCCCGGUUUGAAGUCUUCAAAAAUGGAACUUUUGUAAUCAAAACAGUACAGCUGCAGGAUAGAGGCCAGUAUCUCUGCACUGCCCAGAAUAAAUUUGGAUCAGAUCGCAUGGUUAUUACCUUAGCGGUCCAGACUGAGGCCCCCAAGAUCCAACCUCCCAGAUCCACAGAGAUCGCAAACUAUUUUGGGAAAGGCGUGAGCCUUGACUGUCUUGCUUCCGGAAAACCCCCAGCACACAUUUCUUGGAUUCUACCAGAUGGAACAUUUGUCCGAGAAAUUGGGACCAUUAAUUCUCCCAUCUCUAAAAUGUCACUGCUCGAGAAUGGAACACUGCAAAUGCAGUCAACCAAUUUCUCUAGUAAAGGAGACUAUAAAUGUAUUGCAAGUAAUGCAGCAGGUGCUGAUACAGUCACUUAUCAUCUUCAUGUUGCAGCUUUACCUCCAAGUAUCAGUGAAGCUGCAAGUGACACUUUGAUUAUUCCAACAGGAAGGAACGUAUAUGUCCAUUGCUCCAUGAAGGGUGAACCUUUGCCCACUUUGAAGUGGACACUGCCAUCAGGGAUCCAUGUUAGGCCAUCACAGUUUCUGGGACAUAAACUCUUUGUCUUUCCCAAUGGGACACUGUAUUUCAAAAAUGUCUUACCAGCUGAUGCAGGGAGGUACGAGUGUUCAGCCACAAACACGGUGGGCAUUGCAAAAAGAACCGUGCGUCUUGAAGUGCGGGCAGACUCCUCUUCACAUUUCCGCCAUCCUUCUCUUCCUUUCCCUCCUACUCAUCAUGCAGUGCCAUCGCGCCAGCACUCAGUCUCAGCCAUGUAUGGUUCUGCUGUCUACUUACACUGUCCAGAGUCAAUUGGAUCUCCAAGGGGGACCGUCUGGCAACUGCCAUCUAAAAUCAUCAUGGAGCAUCACUACAGUCCAGAGAGACCAAUUAAAGUUUUCCGGAAUGGGACCCUGAGGAUACUUCAGUUAACAGAGCUGGAUGGAGGAAAUUAUUUGUGUUUUUUUCAGCGACCCAAUGGAGAGGACAUGGAGGUCUUUCGGUUGGAUGUCUUGAUGACCCCGCCUAGAAUCGAACAUGUGAGAACAGUACAACCGAGAGUCAGUUUUGGAGAAAACGUCCAGGUCGACUGUGUUGCAACAGGACUCCCAGAUCCUGAAGUCUCUUGGAGUCUACCAGAUGGAACGCUAGUCAACAAUGCCCUCCAGUCGGAUGACAGUGGCUAUCGCAAUCGUCGCUAUGUUAUUUUUGGCAAUGGUACAUUACUUCUCCAGCAGAUGGACAAAAAAGACGAGGGUGACUACACUUGUUAUGCCAAGAAUAAACUUGGUAAAGAUGAGAGGAAAGUUAGUGUCAAGGUUGGCCCGAACGCCCCAAGGAUUACUUUCAAAUUUCCAUCCCAGGUUACGGUAAAAUAUGGAGAAAUUGCUCAACUGAGCUGUCAGGCUACUGGUGAACCCACACCCCAAGUCUUCUGGAUCUCACCACGAAAUGAAGUCAUUCCCACGUUCUCGGAUAAAUUUGAGAUAGUGGGAAAUGGCAUGUUGGUGGUGAAAAAAGUAACACUUACUGAUGAAGGGAAAUAUGCCUGUGUGGCACGAAACUCUGCUGGCGAUGACAUUAAAAACAUUAUUCUUGAGGUUGAAUCCAAGCAACCAGUUAUCAACGGUAACAACGGGAAGAGUGUCAAAAAGGUUACAGGCAUUUCUUAUCAAACUGUACUCUUAGAUUGCAAGGUCGAAGGGAAACCUGAGCCAAAGGUUUGGUGGGUUACCCCUUACGGCCAAUCACUCCAACUCUCCUACCUAAGUGGUCGCUUCCAAGUACAUCAAAAUGGGAGUUUGGAAGUGAGAGGAGUGAGAAAAACAGAUGAAGGGAGGUACAUGUGCCUGGCAAAAAACCAACUCGGAGAAGCAUCCCUUUUAGUUGAAUUAGAUGUAGCUCCCAUAGCAGAAAAGCCAAGUUUUGCUGUUCCUAACAUAGAACUCUUAUCGAUAAAAGAUAAUAGUGGGGAAUUGUAUCUGCACUGCCUUGCCCGUGGAAAACCAAAUCCAGAGUAUGUAUGGAUACUACCCAAUGGGACAGCAUUGAUGCCUGGUGUUAAACUACAACGCUUCACCCACCAUCAGGGAAAUGGAACUCUGUGGAUCCAUCAGCUUUCUGCAAAUGAUAAGGGAGUCUACAGGUGUCUAGCAAAGAAUGUGGCUGGGCAAGCAGAGAAGCGUUAUGCACUGGAAGCAGGACGGAAGCCAGUGAUCAGAGGACCGACUGGUGGAAUAAAGAUCACAUAUGGCCAAACUCUCAACUUACAUUGUAUCACGGAUGGCUGGCCGCAGGCAUCGAUCGCAUGGACCCUACCCAAUGGCUUUACAUUGGAUAAACCUCAGUCAAUUGGCCGAGUUACUUUUCAUGCCAAUGGGACCCUCCAGAUGAGACAGAUUGCGACUUUUGACAAAGGAACAUACAUCUGCAAAGCAUCUAACUCUUUUGGCACAUCAACAUUGUCGUACCCUAUCACAGUAAUGGUCCAUCCACCACGCAUCACAGGCAUGCUGCCUUCCAUCACCAGAGUGAACCGUGGAUCACCUGUUAAGUUAAAUUGUGUCGCAACAGGUGUACCUAAGCCGGAAAUCUCCUGGACUUUACCUGGCCGUACAACGCUGAUUCCACAUAACCGCUACAUAGUUCAAGGAGGGAUCCACAUGACAGAGGACGGUAGCCUGGUAAUACAGAAUCCAGUGCUCAUGAACUCUGGUAUUUACAAAUGCAAUGCUAAAAAUGCUCUCGGAACAGAUUUUAAAUCUACAUACAUACAAGUGAUCUAA